AUGUGGAAGGGCCUUGCCGAGACAUUCUUUGGGCCUAGUGACCCUAGUGUGCCGUGCCCUGUCCGAUGCCGCCUCUUCUUUGAUUGCAGCAUGGGCAAAGGCAAGGAGCAAGUUGGAGCGUUCCAAGAAGCUGGCCAGGUGUGGUUGUCGGGAGUCAAAGAUGCACUGAUGCUACAUAAAUGUAUCUAUUUCCUGGCCCAUUCUGAGACGAUCAGAUUCAGGACGCUGCAAUGCUUUAUCCUGAAUGGGGUGAUUUUCUUGGGCAGUAUAUUGCUGUUCAACUUUGCCGUGGAACCGGCGCUCAACUUCCUGAAGCGGUUGGUGCAGGAGGAUGAAGUUUGGGCCACUGAUUUCAUAGCAACUUCCUUCUCAGUGCUUUACAAGGUGUUUUGGAUCUACCCCAUCUAUUGUAUUUCCUUCGUGCUGAACACGGUGAUGUACCAAGAGAUUGCGGACAGUGCGCUUCGAUCUACGCAGCGCGCUCCAGUCCCUGGCAUUCCAGUCUUAGAACGCAUAAUUCAAGAGACGUGGCGAGUCUUAGUGAAUCUUGUCUACCUGGUGGAGAUGUAUUUGGUACUCCAACCGCCUGUGUCAUUUUACGCGUCUUACCGCAUCACAUUUGUUGGGUCUGAACGUGCUCCCAAAAUGGGGCAGGGCGUCAGUGCUGAGGCUGACCCCCUGAGCCUGAAAGAGCUGCUCAGCAGAGGCACUGAUAGAAGCAGCCAAGUGCAGCCUGCCUCAGUCUCGCAAGACCUGAGCAGCCCGCAUCAUGUGAAGGCAUGGAGCUUUGAAGCCCAAGGGAAAUCCAUGGCGGAGGCUCCAGUACCUCUUUGUGACAGAGGCGGCCUAUUCAAUGCAAAAUUGCACAGGAGCCGCAGCUAUGUCAUUUUACACAUUCAGAAGGCUGAAGCAACUGCAGCAGUAAAGCCUUUUGGAAUUGGUGGACUCAAUGACUUUGCAGCUGAAGCAGGCAUGGUGUGCAGCCCAAGAGGACUUGGUCCUCCAGAUGUACAUUGGAACAAAGUUCAGGUUUUGCCCGGGCUUUCUCACGAGAUCUUUGUAUGGCAUGGCCGAAGCACUGAGGCAACGCUGCGGGCACUCGUGCAAACCAAAGCUUGGGAGCUGGAGCGUGCUCUUCGCAAUUCACUUGCUCGGCACAAAGACUUCGCGGCAUCGCUGAGGCAGUCGGUGACGAUCAGAGGAUGUCAGGACAUGGCUACCAAAGAUGUUUCCCAACAACCUUCAAAGGAGCUUUCAAGCAACAGCUUGCUGUCAAAGCUCACAGCUGGCGUGCCUGAGAAAGCCAGAAGCGCACCAUUCCCACUUUUGGCCAGAGCAGUCCAGAUGGCCUUCCGGACCGCAGAUCCUCCAACAAAUGGUAGCGUCCGAAGAGAGGUAGCAGAGCCGGCGCAAAAUAGGCAUCCGGUUGGCCAGCAAGGCCCAGCUGCUGUACCCAAGCUUGCUAUUGGAGGCGCCCCUCCACAGGUGCCCAGCCUCUCAUCUCAGACAGGCAAUAAGCCCUUUGUGCCUCGCUUGGCCUUGGGGUCUUUGCCACCUCGGGGGUCUUCGCCUGAAAGGCAAGCAAAUGCUGAUUCCGGCUCACCAACGGCUAGUCGAAGUAGUACAGACUCGUCGGAAGGAAUGGAGGUGGACGAAGUUGACAGCAGUAGCAGCCGGAAGCGGCAGCGGGAUUCUGAUGAAGAGCAACGCUCCACGCAAACUGCAAGAGGGGCCUUGAAUCUGCAAGGCCCCAGUUUUCCCAUGGCAGGAGCUACUGCGCCAGCUGCACCACGAUCGGCACGGGAUGGAGUGCCUCAGGUGCCACAGCUCUCCCUUGGGAAGCCAGGAUUGCCAGCGCCAGCAAUAUCUGCAGAUGGGCAAGACACCACAAACUCGACGGGUGCCAGUCGAGUAAUUCCACCCUUGGCAAAUGGGCAAACCAUCCUGGGGCGUGACGCACCGGCUCUGAACUUGGAGGAUAUUCACACUCCCGAAGAGGAGUUGAUCAGCUCGUACGACCCAGAGAAUGAGGAGAACAACUACCAUUUGCCAGACCAUCUUCAAAGGCGGCUUCAGCUCAAGCACUGGCGCCAGGUGUGCUCAGAGGUUAUUCCGGGUGCUCUAUUCAUCUCCAGCUACCAGGUGGCCAGUGAUGAGGAAGCCCUGAACACCAGCAAUAUCACUCACAUUGUCAACACUGCUGCUGAUGUCUGUGACAACUGCUUUCCUGACAAGUUUCACUAUUUGACCUACUACUUGAAGGAUGCUAAUAGCGAGGACAUCACAGUUCUGCUGUACAGAACAAUGGAGUGGGUGCAUGAGGCAAUCAACAAGGGUGGCCGUGUUUUAGUUCACUGCCGGAAAGGAGUGAGCAGGUCAGCAACCAUUGUCAUUGCCUAUUUGAUGUGGCGGUUUAGCCUAUCUUUUGAAGCCGCUCAUGAGCGGAUACGCCAGAAGCGUCCCAUUUGCAAUCCAAACACAGGCUUCACGUGCCAGCUGCUGCAGUUGGCAAAAAAAUUGUCGAGUAGCCAGGCACCAAUUUCUGACAAAGCUUCUUUGUUCCGAGUGAUGCCAUACCAUCCCAAGGAACCCUUCCUGCUUCUUGUCCCAGCUGACCUUCAGCCUGGGCAAACCCAUUUCGACCCUCGUUUCGGCUGGGUCGCACAAUCAGGUCUGCAAUUCAUCCUGUGGAUGGGCUCCCAGGUUCCAGAUGCAGAAGCUGUGCGAGAAGCAGUGGAGGCACACAAGAGGCGAGUUGAGUUCUUCGAGCGAUGCCAGUGCCAGCUUCUGAUUGUAAAAGAAGGUGAAGAAGUGCCCCAGCUGUGGCAUGUCCUUGGUGAAACCGUUGCAGACAGUUCACUUGUGGCACUCCGGUCUGAAUUUGACUCCGACUAUGAUCUCAUUGUUGCGACCAGAAGCGGACGAGGCUCUCCAAGCGGUCCUGGAAGGCCGUCCUUCAAGGAGGGGAGCUCGGCUAAUGCUUGGGAAGGGCCAAGUGCUCGGCAUUUGCAACCAGUUCUGGCUGUUGGCAGAUGACUUUCAAGCUGGUCCUGCCAUGUGUAUGCUAAAACAAGAAUGACAUGAUGAUGCGUUUCUCAGCGUUUGUUUGUAUGUGUGCUUGUUAUCUUCUGCCUCUCAAAUCCUCUUGUGGUGAAUCAUUC